GCAUUACGAACUUUCUGGUCAAAUCCUUGUCCAUCCUGGAGUUGCAGAAACAAAUAAUGGAAAAAACUAUGAACCUAAUUAUUACAUUUACACCACCCUAUCGACAGAACAAAUUGGAAAAAUUAAAAAAAAGGAAUUCCCACUUUAUUGGAACAGAAUUAUGCAGCAUGAAUAGUUCACACCUCAAUCCAUCAGCAUAACAGUUGAUAAUUCUUCAGUUCUCUGAGAAUUGCAGAGACUCAAAAUAAUAAUAAAAACACAAAAAUUAACCUAAAAAAAACACGUCAAGCGCAAAGUUAGCCCUGUUGUACCCAUUACGCACACCACGUAACCACACCAUAAUUAUUCACUCACUCCGCACAAUAACAAGAUGGAUAGCGCCGACCCCCCUUUCUCUCUCUAAACGAAUAAAAUUUCGAGAGCGAGAGCUUCUUAUUUCAAUUCAGUAUAUACAAUUUCUCAAAUUUCUUUUUUUUUUAUAGGCAGCAGAAGCAGCAGUAGCAGUCACAUUACAAUUUGUUAUAUUAUUGUAUAUUGGCAAUGAAGUAUAUCCUUUCUUUCUCUACACUCUGUGAAAGCAGUUAGAAAGAGGAGGAAAAUUAAAAGAAUAAUAAUAAUAAUAAUAUAGAGAGAGAAAGAGAAAGCGCUCUCCUUGGAAAAUUAGAUCUCUGUUCUUCCUUCUUUUUGCCUCUCUGCAAUUUCGAUCUAUUUUCUGUAAUUUUAUUCAUUCUCUAGCAACUCUCUCUCUCUCCCCUUUCUUUUUUUAAGAGGCGAAUUAUACCAAACGUCUCUCUCUUUCUCUGUUAUAUCGUUUCGAUUUGUCUGUUCCUGCAAAUUGGCUUUCCCAAUUAGGGUUUACGUUAGCUCUUCGAAAUUGGGGGGACUUUAUAGUCAAAUGUCUGAAUUACAGCUAAAAUUGAAUUCAUGUGAUUUAAUUUUAUUUGUCUAAUUAUCUUCUCUCUCGAUUAAAUUUUUUUUCGAUAUAUAUCUAUAUCUUGAGACAAUGAUCAUCAAGCGUAACUUGAAAUCUCAAAUGCCGAGUGUAAAACGGUGCAAACUCAGCGACUCAGCUGGCGAAGACGACGAGAACUCCGCUUCAACUCGAAAGAAACGGAAACUAAACGGUUAUUAUCCUCUCAAUCUACUCGGAGAAGUCGCCGCCGGGAUAAUUCCAGUUGGCCUCCGUGGAAUGCUCCGCUCCUCUAAUGUUGACUCCGAGAAGGUUUUUGCUACUUCCUGGUGCACAGGAGUUUCUUGCUCCCCUCCUGGUGACGUGGAAUCGGAGCGUAAAUUUAAAGGUCGAGAUUCAUCCAGAGCAAAUAAUAUUAUUCAUAAUCGUGGGGCUGAGGUUUCUCGUCCGCCACUUGUACGGACAUCUAGAGGGCGGGUUCAGGUAUUACCUUCACGGUUUAAUGAUUCAGUUAUUGAGAAUUGGAGAAAAGAGAGUAAGCGUGAUUGUAGUUUAGAUGACGACGAUGAAGACGACGACGACGACGACGAUUUUCAAUGUGAUAAUAAAAAUUUCAGUAGGAAAAAUAAAGAGAGAAAUAAAUUUAGUUUUCGAAAACCGAAAAUUUGUACAAGUAAUGUUAGAAUUGGUGGAUGUAAGUCUCGUAAAUAUGCUACAUUGUGUGAGGAAGAAGAUGGAGGAGAAGAAUUAGGGUUUAAGAAGUACUUGAGCUCAUGGAGUACGCUUACUUCAUUACACGAGCAAUUGGUGGAAGAUGACGACAACAAGUGUGCAGUUGUAGAGUUAAGUAGCUUGGAUAGGCUAGAGAGGAAAGAUGGGUUGUAUGGACCAGAGGAUUUCUAUUCGGGUGAUGUAGUGUGGGCUAAGUCGGGGAAGAAGGAUCCCUUUUGGCCAGCCUUUGUCAUUGAUCCAAUGACACAAGCACCGGAACUAGUUCUGCGGUCCUGUAUACCUGAUGCUGCUUGUGUUAUGUUUUUCGGUCACUCUGGGAAUGAGAAUCAAAGGGAUUAUGCUUGGGUUAGACGGGGGAUGAUCUUUCCAUUUAUGGAUUUUGUAGAUAGGUUCCAGGACCAGGCUGCAUUGUUGGAGAGUAAGCCCAGUGAUUUCCAGAUGGCAAUCGAGGAGGCAUUUCUGGCAGAACAGGGGUUCACAGAGAAGCUGAUGCAGGAUAUAAACAUGGCAGCUGGGAAUCCAACAUUUGACGAGUCUGCUUAUAGAUGGCUUCAAGAAGCUACUGGCUCAAACCAAGAUCAGGAGUUUUACUCUCCAAACCAGGAAAUAUUGGGAAACCAUAAAGCCAUGCGUCCCUGUGAAGGCUGUGGUGUAAGCCUGCCUUUUAAAUUGUCAAAGAAGAUGAAAUCUUCGAUUACUGGAGGCCAGUUCUUGUGCAAAACAUGUGCCAAGUUAACAAAAUUAAAACAUUACUGUGGUAUAUGCAAGAAGAUUUGGAAUCAUUCAGACAGUGGAAGCUGGGUGCGUUGUGAUGGUUGUAAAGUUUGGGUCCAUGCUGAGUGUGACAAAAUUUCCAACAGCCGUUUUAAGGAUCUGGGCGCUACUGAUUAUUACUGCCCUGCUUGUAAAGCAAAAUUUAGUUUUGAAUUGUCUGAUUCAGAGAAAGGGCAGCCAAAAUCCAAAUUGAACAAAAGUAAUGGUCAACCAGCACUGCCUAAUAAAGUUACUGUCAUAUGUUCAGGGGUAGAAGGCAUAUAUUUCCCAAGCCUUCACCUGGUUGUCUGCAAAUGUGGGUACUGUGGGCCAGAAAAACAAGCACUUAGUGAAUGGGAACGCCAUACAGGUGCUAAAAUUAAAAAUUGGAGGACCAGUAUUAAGGUGAAAGGUUCCAUGCUGCCACUAGAACAAUGGAUGAUGCAGUUAGCAGAGUUGCACGCACGUGCUGUUUCUACAAAACCUCCAAAGCGAGCUUCCAUUAAAGAGCGAAAGCAGAAGUUGCUUGCAUUUUUGCAAGAAAAAUAUGAACCUGUUUAUGCAAAGUGGACUACAGAACGUUGUGCAGUAUGUAGAUGGGUUGAAGACUGGGACUAUAACAAAAUUAUCAUCUGCAAUAGGUGUCAGAUAGCAGUUCAUCAAGAAUGCUAUGGAGCAAGGAAUGUGCAGGACUUCACUUCCUGGGUUUGUAAAGCAUGUGAAACACCUGAUGUUAAGCGGGAAUGUUGCCUUUGCCCAGUGAAAGGUGGUGCUCUAAAGCCGACUGAUGUUGAGACAUUAUGGGUUCAUGUUACAUGUGCUUGGUUUCAGCCUGAAGUAUCCUUUGCAAGUGAUGAAAAGAUGGAGCCUGCUCUUGGUAUCUUAAGCAUCCCAUCAAAUUCUUUUGUAAAGAUUUGUGUCAUUUGUAAGCAAAUUCACGGUUCCUGCACUCAGUGUAGCAAGUGUUCCACUUAUUACCAUGCAAUGUGUGCUUCAAGGGCAGGAUAUCGCAUGGAGUUGCACUGCUUGGAGAAAAAUGGGAGGCAGACUACAAAAAUGGUUUCUUAUUGUGCAUAUCACAGGGCUCCAAAUCCAGACACAGUUUUGAUCAUACAGACUCCUGUUGGGGUGUUUUCUGCCAAAAGUCUUGUUCAAAAUAAGAAGAGGGCUGGUACAAGGUUAAUUUCAUCCAGCAGAGUGAAACUUGAAGAGUUGUCAACAGAAGAAACUACUGAGGCUGAGCCACUCUCUGCUGCAAGGUGUCGGGUCUUUAAAAGAGUAAGCAACAAUAAGAAGAGAACUGAAGAAGAAGCCAUUUCUCACCGAUUGACAGGACCUUGCAAUCAUCCUUUAGGCAUAAUACAAAGUUUGAAUGCAUUCAGAGUAGUUGAGGAGCCCAAAAGUUUUUCUUCUUUCAGGGAAAGGCUUUACCACUUGCAGAGAACUGAAAAUGAUCGAGUUUGCUUUGGUAGAUCUGGGAUUCAUGGGUGGGGCCUUUUUGCACGAAGGAACAUUCAAGAAGGAGAAAUGGUCCUUGAAUACCGUGGUGAACAGGUCAGACGCAGCAUUGCAGAUCUUAGGGAGGCACGCUACCGAUUAGAAGGAAAAGAUUGCUAUCUUUUCAAGAUAAGUGAAGAAGUAGUGGUAGAUGCCACUGACAAAGGAAACAUAGCACGCCUAAUAAACCAUUCAUGUAUGCCAAAUUGCUAUGCAAGGAUCAUGAGUGUUGGUGAUGAUGAAAGUCGCAUUGUCCUAAUUGCUAAGACUAAUGUAUCUGCUGGAGAUGAGUUAACGUACGAUUACUUGUUUGAUCCUGACGAGCCUGAUGAAUUUAAAGUUCCCUGUUUAUGUAAAGCUCCAAAUUGUCGGCAAUUCAUGAAUUAGGUUAUACACACAGCACAGCCAUUGUUUCUCCACAAGGAGCACUAACCCAAACCCAUGCAUAAGGGAUCUCACAAUCAUACACAGUUUGUAAUUUUUUCCAAAAAGGAAAAUGUAUUUUUUUUUUUUUUGGCAUCCCUUCCAACAAUUUUUGAGCUCAAUAAAAGUUAUAGGUUUUGCCUGGUGUUUUGCUUCAGGCAUUUGUGUAAA